AUGCCUCCGCGGGGGGCGGCGGGCGGCUGCCGCCGGCGGCGCCUGGCGCCCCUCAACGAGGACAACGGGCGGUUCCUGCUGCUGGCCGCCCUCAUCGCGGCGUACCUGAGCGCCGGCGCCACCGUCUUCUCGGCCCUCGAGAGCCCGUCGGAGGCGGCGGCGCAGCUGCGCUGGAACCGGACCCUGCACAACUUCAGCCGCAUCUUCAACAUCAGCCUGCCGGAGCUGCGCGCCUUCCUGCGGAGCUACGAGGCCGCCAUGGCCGCGGGCAUCCGCGUCGACGCCCUGCGGCCCCGCUGGGACUUCCCCGGCGCCUUCUACUUCGUGGGCACCGUCGUCUCCACCAUAGGUUUUGGAAUGACCACACCAGCAACAGUGGCUGGAAAAGUAUUCCUCAUCGUUUAUGGGCUUUUUGGGUGUGCCGGGACUAUCCUUUUCUUCAACCUCUUCUUGGAGCGCAUUAUCUCUCUCCUGGCAUUCAUAAUGAAGGCUUGCCAUGAGAGACAGCUGCGAAGAAGUGGUCUCCUACCUCCCAACUUCCGAAGGGGGUCAGCUAUGGCUGGGGUGGGCAGCCUCAUCGGGUGGAAGCCAUCAGUUUACCAUGUGAUGCUGAUUCUGGGAAUUUUCGCUAUCACCCUUUCUUGCUGCGCGUCUGCGAUGUACACGUUGGUGGAAGGAUGGAACUACAUUGACUCCUUGUACUAUUGUUUUGUCACCUUUAGCACCAUUGGCUUUGGAGAUUUGGUAAGCAGCCAAAAUGCUGUGUACCAAAAUCAGGGAUUAUACAGAUUUGGAAACUUCAUCUUUAUAUUAAUGGGAGUAUGUUGCAUAUACUCUCUUUUUAAUGUCAUCUCAAUUAUGAUCAAGCAACUCUUGAACUGGGUGUUGAAAAAAUUUGAAUGCAGAUGUUGCCCAAAGUGCCAUAAAUCAAGUGCCCGCCUUGGACGUCGCAACGCCAUCACACCAGGAGCACGCCUGCGUCGGCAUAAAAUCUCAAUGGACGCUGAUGGACAGUACGACAGUGACACUGAAGGCAGGAGGCUCUCCGGUGAGAUGAUCUCCAUGCGGGAGCUCAUGGCAUCAAACAAAGUCUCCCUGGCCAUUUUGCAAAAGCAGCUGUCUGAGACGGCCAAUGGCUACCCAAGAAACGUUUGUAUCAAUACAAGACAAAAUGGUUUCUCUGCAGGGGUGGGUGCUCUAGCCAUCAUGAACAACCGCUUGGCAGAAACAAGUGAUCGUAGGUAGAGUUUUUGAAAUGCCUUUUUGUUUCCUUAAUAAAAAUGAUGACUUCAGGAGGAAUUAUCACUGUAAACUACUGGAAAGUUUUAAAUUCAGAAACAGACAGUAUUCACUGGGCGUCCAGCAAUUUGGUUUCUCAAGUUUUUAUGUAUUCUCUAAUAUGCAGUAACAUAUUUACCGUAAUGUUACGAUUUUCCCCAGAGAGGUUGUGGGAGGGACUUGGGUGUCUUUGAUGAAGAAUCUGAUGCAAUUUCAGAAGAAGGGUGUGCAUUGUUAUGAUGCUGCCAAAACCAACAUCUUCCUCAGAAAAUAACCUCAACCCAAACUCUGGGUUAAAAUGCAUUCUGGGCACAUUCAGUUCCAGAUUCAAACUUGGGGGAUAAGGGUUGGCUAAACCAGUAUCUCACUUUGUUGAAGUCUGGAUCUGACCCUGAACUUUGUACUUGAUGUUCUUCACCAGUUCCUCAUACCAGGCCUGUAUAUAACAUACAUGUAGGUGACUGCAGUUAUACCAGCUUUAGGGUGAUUGUGCUUCACUUCAAUAAUCCUAUUGACCUCAACGGCAGAGGAUCAUAUUGACUGAAUUCCCCUAACUGUCAAUGAUUUUUUUUCAGCUAGUCUUGUUUGAACCACUAUGUGCUACCUAACUAUUAAAAGUCAGGGGAUUAUCAGUCAGAAUAAGCAUGUUGAAAAUGUGCAAAACUAUUCCUACCUACUGAAUAAGCGAAAACAUACCAGAGAAGACAGUAUUCAUCUCUGGUGUCAAAUGUUUGCAUUACCACUGAAAUAUAAGUUAAACUGUUUACUAAUUACAUUACUUUUACAUGAAAUAGUCUGCUAAAGUGAAUGUAGGCUCUCUUUGUUGUCAUAAAUUUGUAUCUUUUACUUCUACAAUACUAUUGCAGGGGAUCAUGCAAAUAAUUUCUUCAUGGGCCCCAGCACUGUACUUGUUUUCCACAAACCUGACUGUGAAAGUUAUACAAAAGAGCUUUGCUUUGGAGAUCCCCCAGAAGCUGACUUCUCCCAAAAUGUUGAUAUUAAAUCAUAAAUUGGCCUAAGACUGUUGCUACUGUUUUAACUCAUAUUUAAUCUGUACUAGCCCAAACUGCUAAAGAAGCAUUUUUAAGCAAACCUGGUCUAAGUGUGUAGUUUACCAUGACAGAGGGGGCAGAGGAAUAUCUGCAGAUUUCUAUCAUAACUAUUUCCAAAGCUCUGGAUCAUUUCUCUGUUCUGUGCCACAUCUUUAAGGAUGUAAAGAUAAUACGAAGGCUUCUGUAUAUUUCAGCAAGAAAUACAACUUAAGGUUGAAGCCUUAGGCAAGGUGAUG